CUCGCAGCUCAACUAACGUAUAGUUAGUCACUUCAAACCUCUCGCGGGGAACGCGCGCGUGUUGCUUGUAAAUAUCUAUUUACAUGACCAGCGGUUUUCUGUCAUUAUCAUCGAACACGCUUGAAUUCGGAAAAAUAUUGUCGUUAUUGUACUUUUAUUUUAAAAACAGUUCGCAUAAAUCUUCCGUACCCUUGCCAACGAUGCGAGAAUUGUUCAGUGAAUAUUUGUGUUAGCAAAAAUAAUAUUGUGCCCUAUUUAGUAAAGAAAGUUGGACAAACAGUUGAUGAUGUCAGCGUUAACCAUGACCACGACACUGACCAAUGGUCACCACAAUGGGAAACUGGAGACCGGUCUCAAUGGUUAUCGAAAAAACGGAUACCUUAAACCCGAAAUAUCAGACAGUAGUUCACUCCGAAUGGCAGCACCCUUCAGUACCGACCCCGAAGCAGUAGCAGAAAGAGAAAGAAUUUCAUAUGGUCGCAUUCCCAGAGCCAUGGCGAUUUCUGGUACAGCGUCCCGCAAAGUGCGAGUUUAUUCGGACGGCAUAUACGACAUGUUCCACCAGGGUCACGCCCGACAACUACAGCAAGCGAAGACUGUCUUUCCAAAUGUAUAUCUUAUUGUUGGAGUUUGCAGUGACCAGCUCACACACAGCCGCAAAGGACGCACGGUGAUGACAGAAGAUGAAAGGUAUGAGGCCGUCAGACACUGCAGAUAUGUUGACGAGGUUGUUCGAGACGCGCCUUGGGAGUACGAUGAAGAAUUUUUAGAAAAGCACAAGAUUGACUUCUUGGCACACGAUGAUAUCCCUUACACGACGGAAGACUGCGAGGACACGUACGCGAUGAUUAAAGCAAAGGACAUGUUCGUAGCUACCGAGAGGACAGAGGGCGUUUCGACGUCAGAUAUCGUGGCGCGGAUAGUACGCGACUAUGACAUCUACGUGCGAAGAAAUCUCGCCCGCGGUUACUCUGCGAAGGAGCUCAACGUGUCCUUCCUCAAUGAAAAGAAAUUCCGAUUGCAAAACAAAAUGGACGAACUCAAAGACAAGGGAAAGAAAGUGAUGACGAACAUAGGCGAGAAGCGAGUGGACAUAUUAACGAAGUGGGAGGAAAAGUCUCGCGAGUUGAUCGAUGCGUUCCUCCUACUGUUUGGUCCGGACGGACGGCUCUCAAAUAUCUGGAAUGAGUCAAAGGGCCGACUCAUGCAAGCGCUCAGCCAACCACCCUCGCCACGCUCCUCUCCGCCGCCCAGUGAAAACGGUGAUCCACCCUCGCCGUCGCCCACCCACAGAGGGUCGGCGUCUCCACCACCCCCCAAGUCUCGUCGCUGCGACGCCCUCUGGGAGCAAGAAGCAGGUAACUGGAUGGAUCGAGCUCUGACGGCGCUGGGGAAUCGGAAGAGGCCGUACAACGCCAGUUGACAGACGAUGGCACCGAUGAUAGCGACGAAGAGUACCAGGACACCAGCCCAUAUCUAUAGGAGUCUCCACGCAACAUUGAUAUUAUAUGGAAAUGUGUCAUAGUAUUUUUAUACGAUGUGCAACGUCCAUACUACAUCGAAAAGAGAUCGACGUGAUAAUGACGCUGCGAGCGUUAUUAUAAGAUGUUCUGUUGAUGUAUUUAAUUAUUAAUAAAAAGUAUGUCACGGCUUAAAAUUGUGUGUCUGCUGUCUGGAAAUGAACGAAUGUAUUUAAUCCUAUUAGUUUUAAUCAUAUUAUUAUUUAUAUUUGUUUAUUGUAAAUUUAUCUCAUUUAGAAUGGAUUGCAGAAUAUCUGCAAUAUUUAUUAGCACCGUAAACACACCAGGUGCAGAAAAGUAUCACAGAUAUUAUUUGUAUAGUACUUUUUGACAUUUGAUUAAAGAGGUGCUUAUAUUAUAAA